AUGCGUAUUCUCCCCCUCUUCCUCCUCGCCACGGUUCUGGCGGCUCCCACACCCCAAGACCGCAGCGAGUCCGUCUUAGCCGGCGCGGGCGUCUUGGUCACCGACUCGACCAACGGAACCCACGUGACGAACAACACCCUCCCGACCGCGGCCCUGACAGGCGUCAUCGUCACGGGGUUCAACGUGAGCGGCUGUGAAGCCUUCCUAGUACGUUUCCGCCGCCCCGUGCCCAAGAACUACUCGGGCAACUUUGCCGCCGUGAUCCCCCCGCCCGCAUGUCUGCAGGCCAACCACGGGGAGUUCACGUACGGCGUCAGGGGGUUCAGCGAGGACUGUCUGUUUCUCAACGUCCUUGCGCCACUGGGGUCGGCCGGAUCAGAACCAUGCAUGCCCGUAAUGGUAUGGAUCCACGGCGGAGGAUUCAUCGAGGGCGAUGGAAUGACGUUCCUCUCGCCAUACCUUGUCCGUCGGAGCGUCGAUACGGGCAACCCAGUUGUUCUCGUGACGAUUAAUUACCGACUGGGGAUGAUGGGGUUUGGGAUGGGGCGGGAUAUGGCGGAAAACAACGCAGAAAACCUCGGCCUACACGAUCAACUCAUGGCGUUGGAAUGGGUCAAGAGAAAUAUUGCCGGGUUUGGUGGCGACCCCACUAAAGUCACUGUAUUUGGACAGAGCGCAGGUGCGAUCAGUAUCGCCCAGCAUUACCUCAACGAAAGCAUCGACCUGUUCCGAGGGGCAAUCAUGAUGAGCGGCCAGGCCAGCUCGACCCCCAUGGCACCAACCUCGGAUAUUUGGGAGGAACCAUACAACGUCACGGCGAUAGCGGCGGGAUGUCUGGCGCCCAACAUCACAGCAAAGGGCAAUCUCACGACAUUCGAGUGUCUGCGCGCCGUGUCGUCUGAUACGAUCGUGCAUGCCACAGCGGUGAUGCGGCGCGAUCCCAGGUUCGGCCCGUUCGUGUUUACGCCCAGUAUCGACGGCGACCUGGUGCCGGACCGUCCCUGGGUUCUUCUCAAGGAUGGCCAUUUCGCCAAGAUACCCUAUAUCGCGGGUGACACGCGGGACGAGGGGACGUGGAUUAUACCAACCUCGGUCAAUUCGAGCGAACAGAUCAUGUCCCUCUUCCACCUCUUCUUUCCCAUAGACCAGGACCCCGCCAUCAUCCAACGCAUCUUUGACAAAUACCCCAACGUUCCCGAAAAGGGAAGCCCCUUCGGCACGGGCAACGAGACGUUUGGCAUGAACCCCGCGUUCAAGCAGGGUUCGGCCAUCGCUGGCGACAUGGUAUUCCACUCACGCCGGCGCAAGUUCCUACGCCGCUCAAACGACUACGGCAACAACCAGACGUGGACGUACGAGUUCCGCGGUCCAACCCCCAACAUCGACGGGUUCCUUGGCAUCCCGCACUCGUCCGACGUACCCUACGUCUUCGGUGUUGCGGUGCCGGAAAACAACUACACCGCCGAAGCCGAGGUGCUGGGCCAGCAGAUCAUGGACUACUGGAUCAACUUUGCCACGUACCUCGACCCCAACGGAGACCCGAACCUGCCGUGUGAUCCGCCCUCACCGUAUUGGCCUCCCCACGGGGCGACAAAGGACUCGAUGCGCUUCGACUCAGCCAACCUCACCGUUGUGCCCGACACGUUCCGCGAGGACCAGAUGGCGGUGUUUGACGAGCCAGACGUGGCCGCCGCACUACUGUACAAGCGCCACCAGGUCUGA